AUGGCAUUCGUACUAGCGGGAGAGGUACAAUGGCAUGAGGGAGAGCAGAAAAUGCACCAGCUCAUGCAUGUUCCACAUGAGGAGAAUCCAACAGCGGCAUUCCUUAGUCCCGGAGCAGCUUCACUGGCCCAACGAUGUCCUCUGCUUGCACUUGGAACGCUGGAUAAACAAGGACGCCCAUGGAGUACGGUAUGGGGAGGUCAGGCCGGAUUUGUUGGUCCGGUUGCUCAGUCCAUCAUCGGAAUAAGGAAUAUUAUCGAUGGGACCUAUGAUCCCGUCGCGGAAACUUUGCUUGGGGGUGAAUUAACUGGUACGAUUGUUAAAGAAUCAUCCCCGGGGAGGCUAAUGUCCGCACUGCCGAUUGAUAUGGAGAAUAGGAGGCGUGUCAAGUUGAUGGGACGGAUGGUUGCAGGCUCCAUGGAAGAAACCUCAGAAGAGCCUGGGAGUGAAAGUACAAAUGAUGAUAGUAUAGGGAAAGCAGCUCAAGUGCAGCUGGUUAUGAAGGUUGAUGAAAGUUUAGGAAAUUGUCCCAAGUAUAUAAAUAAGAAACAUAUAACACAAGCAACUCCUCGUCCAAAACUUAUUUCGAAUUCGUCUCAACUUCCUCAGGGAGCUCUUGACCUACUCAAUCGAGCAGACACCCUUUUUGUGGCCAGCUGCCAUGCAAAAGACUCGAUGGACUCUAAUAUACGCGGAGGCCCACCGGGUUUUGCUCGAGUACUAUCUAACGACAGCACAGGUGCCGUUCUGGUAUACCCCGAAUACUCUGGAAACCGUUUAUAUCAGACAUUAGGCAAUCUCCAAACAACUCCGCUUGCUGGUUAUGCAUUCCCUGACUUUGAACUAGGGCAUAUCCUGUACAUUACUGGGAAAACAGAGGUUUUGGUUGGAAGUGACGCAGCCCAAGUGUUGCCUAGAUCAAAUCUUGCCGUAAAAGUCACUGUCAUUGCUGCCAGAUAUGUUGAACACGGCCUUCCAUUCCUUGGUGAGCCAAAGGAGCCAUCCCCAUACAACCCAGAAGUGCGGUACCUCUCUGCUGAAAAACCAGCCCCAGGGAACCGAAUACCAGAAGGUCCUGACACAAGAGUGGUUUUAAUCAAAAAGGAUAUCAUCACUCCCACUAUUAAUCGAUUUCGAUUCAAAACAUCGGAUCCAUCCAUCACUCUUAAAUGGAUACCAGGGCAGUAUGCUACCCUGUCAUUCCGUGAUGAAUUAGAUAUGGGUUACAGCCACAUGAGAGAUGAUGAUCCCACAAGUAUCAACGAUGACUAUAUCCGCACCUUUACGGUUUCAUCGCAUCCGGGGCGCAACCUUGCCAAAAACGAGUUUGAGAUCACUGUUCGGAAAAAGGGAAAUGCAACCAGCCAUCUAUUCCGAGCAAGUGAAAGAAGCGGGCUAGAAUUAUCACUUCGCGGAUUUGAUGGAGACUUUCGAUUUGAGAGCUUUACCCCGGACAGCAAUGUCGAUCAGAAUAGUUCUAUUCUCCCUUUUGUUGCUGGCGGGAUAGGGAUUACCCCCGUUCUGGCACAGCUCACCUAUAUUGACAUACCAAGGCUAAAAGUUCUGUGGUCCGUAUCACUAAAAGAUAUAGGUCUAGUGUAUGAUGUUUUUGAGCAAUUUUCCCAGUUACCUGGGGUCACGACCUUAUUCCUUACUUCCUCUUUGGCGGUCCCCGAACAAGACAUGGUUGAAGAAGAUAAGAGAAAGCUGGACUCUGUUAUUUCUUCGGGGGUAUCAAUUGAGCGUCGCCGUUUGAAACGUGAAGACUUGUCCACUGUCCCUGAUGUUGAUGUCUGGUAUCUGUGUGCCGGCACUGAAUUGAAGACUUCUGUUACCAAUUGGCUAACAGGGAAGAAGCUUGUCUAUGAGGAUUUCAACUAUUAA